AUGGGAAAUCAGUUCACACAAAAUACAAGGACCAAGCACAUGUAUAAAAUUCUUGGAAACUCUGCGGUUGGGCAAGACAGAGAUGACAUACAGUGCCUUAAUGUGGAGGAUGCCAAGUUAAGAGUAGAGGAAAGUCACAAGUCCCCUGCUAUGUGGAAAAGCCACAUUUUAAGAGAAGCUUUCAAAAAGUCAUCUAUUUUCCAAAAUCUCAUACAACAGACUCCACUCAGACAUCUUUAUAAUCCCAGAAACCGUUAUAUACAGGAAAACCCUAAAGAAUCCAAAACUGAUGAAAUAAAUUCAAUGUUUCAGAAAACAUUCAAGAAAUUGAUGAUGUUAGAUGCAAUAAAUCUGGAAUCCAAGAUAAUAGCAAAUGAUCAUAAACUUGCAAGAAAAUGUAAAUCACAUAAAGUUCUAACAAAGCCAUCACAUAAAAGGGAACCAUUUAGAAAGUCAAAUUCCCCACCAGACACAAACCUAGGGUCCAGUGAUUCUAAGGUAAGCUUAAAAAGUGACUCACAUGAAGAUAAGAAAGACUCAAAAAAUUCCAAGACAUAUACUAAAUUCCCGUAUAUAAUGAACAAUCCAAAGAUUGAUUCGAAGAUGAUUCUUAAGGAAAAUCCUGGUGAAAAUUCAAAGACUUGUUCAGCAAAUAGUUUGUAUUUGGACUCAUUAAUGCAUAUAAAGCUACCUCAUCUUAAGCACACAUGUUUUGAUAAACAGUUAAUGAAUUACUCACAUAACAAUGCAAAAAAGUCUGGAAAGAGCUCUGGUGCUGAAUCUGGAGGCUCAAAAGAUUCAAAGAAGAGUAAGAAAGGUUCGAAGAAAGAUAGUAAGAAAAAAAGUGGAAAGAAGGAUGCAGAAUCUUCAGACUCAAAAGAUGCAAAGAAAGGCUCAAAGAAGGCUAAGAAAGGUUCAAAGAAAGAUAGUAAGAAAAAAGGUGGAAAGAAGGAUGCAGAAUCUUCAGGUGGUGAAUCUGGAGACUCAAAAGAUGCAAAGAAAGGCUCAAAGAAGGCUAAGAAAGGUUCAAAGAAAGAUAGUAAGAAAAAAGGAGGAAAGAAGGAUGCAGAAUCUUCAGGUGGUGAAUCUGGAGACUCAAAAGAUGUGACAAAAGAUAGCAAGAAGGAUAAGACAGGGAGUAAGAAAGGUGGCAAGAAGAAAGAUUCAAAAAAAGGUGCUGUCUCUACUGACUCAGAAUCUGAAAGGGGAUCCAAGAAGGGUAAGAAAGAUGAAAAGGAGAAGAAAGGUAGCAAAAAAAACCCUAUCAAAAAAGAAGGAGCGUCUACUGAUGCUGAUUCUGAAUCUGAAGGUGAUUCAAAAACAGGCAAGAAAGGUUUAAAGAAGAGUAAGAAAGAGUCAAAGAAAGGAGAAAAAAAGAAGACUGAAAUGAAGGCUGCAGAGUCUACUGAAAGUGAGUCUGAGGCAAACAUAAUAAAGGAAAAGAAGCGUUCAAAGAAGAAAAGGAAUGAUUCAAAGAAAGAGGCUAAGAAGGAUGCAAAGAAGGACACAGAGACAACUGCUUCUGAAUCCGAGGUGUCUUCCAAGGCAGGCACAAUGAAGCUCACAAAGACCAAACGUACAGAUACUGAAUCUGACACCACAUCUAUAGAUGUGAAAAAGACAGGAUUUAGAAUGUCAAGCAAAAAGACUACUUUCAGUGAGAAAGGGCAAAAACCUAUGAUGGGAAGAGUCCCUCCAUCAAGAGAAAGACCACCACUUCCUCCAUGUGAGCCUUAUAUUCUAUCACCAAAGGUCAGACGAGUCUGUCGGUGCAACAUACCUCCACUACCUCCAAAACCAAGAUAUGCUCCUUUGCCUGGAGUGGAAUGGAUUCAUAAGCUGCUCUGA